AUGACUUCCACCAAGUUUCCAGUCAUCGACAUCUCGGAUCUAGAUUCUCCAUCCUCGCAACGACGUAUCGCAGACGAGGUUACGCAAGCAUGCAGGGAAUGGGGUUUCCUCUUGCUCAGGAACCAUCCAAUUCCACCCUCGGACGUUGAAGAGAUGUUCACACUGUCCAAGGAGUUUUUCGACUUGCCCGAGGACGUCAAGUCGCGAUACCCCCUCACGGCCAAGUCAAUAGGCUACAUCGGCAGCUUCCAGGAUCGAGCCAAAGACGACAAAAUGUCAAUGUGGUUCGGCGGCGUCCCCGGGGCGCUGACCGAACACCGCGAGAGCCUCCCUGCGUUCUGGCACGAGCACAUUGCCAAGGUCGAGGCGUUCAAGCACCGAUGCCACGAUCUCGUCGUCAAACUCCUCGAGUGUUUCGCCGUGGCGCUGGGCCUGCCGGACCCGAAGUACUUUGCCGACGCACACAAAGAGGACGCCGGCAACGGCAACAGCCUGCGGAUGCUCAUGUACCCCGGACACAGUUCGCGGCCGGACCUCGAGGGCAUGGGCUCGCGCAUGCAGGCGCACACCGACUCCGGGUCCGUCACGUUGCUGUUUCAGCGCGCCCCAGGGCUCGAGGUCAUGUCGCCCGACGGCGCGGGCUGGGUCAAGGCGCCACAUAUCGAAGACUGCAUCCUGGUCAACCUGGGCGACGCGCUGGGCUUCUGGUCCGGAGGCCAGCUCAAGGCAACCCAGCACCGAGUCACGUUCGACGGGUUGCCCUUUGACAAGGAGAGGCAGAGCAUGGCGUAUUUCGGCGCCGCGAACCCGGACACCGUCCUCCAGCCCAUUGUGCCUUGUGAGAAGAUGGAAAGAUACUAUACCAACGGGUUCGAAGUCAUGCCGGGGAUCACUGUCGGUGAGUUGAACCGCAUGAUCAUGCAGAGUAUAUAUGGCGCGGCCUUUACGUCGUCGAAACCGGUUCCGAAGACAGAGACGCCUGGGCUGGACGCCGGAAGGCAGGCUACUGCUGUAGUUUGA